GUGCCUUUUAUCCCUGCAGUGUCCAGCGUCUAGAAGUGAGUGUUAUCAGGGCAGCGGCUACACAACCCUCCGUGUUCUGCAGUAUUAUCAUGGCAGCUGUUUUUAGCGGAAUCGCCUCUGUUUUGAAUGGCCAUGGCACAUUUAAUCUUGAGUUUCUGUUUCUUUGGGGCAAUGACAAGUUUUGUGUCUUCUCUCGCUACUGUUCCCGAGGGUCUAGCAGCCGUGCAGACCCCAGUGUCUUGCUUUAUGCGUCACAGGACUUUGUUUCAUCACACUGGCCUCGUUCUGAGGGUUGGGAUCCACUGGUCAUGUUAUCGAUGGAUCCACUGUGUCCCCAGAAAAGACAUACACCCCUGGCGAAUGUACUCUGGCUAGUCUGGUGGUGUUGUCUUUUAGGAGACGUGAUGGUGUCACACAGGCCGUGGGUGGCAGGAUCUAUGCUGUAACCGCAGAGAUUAGUGACUGUGUUGGCCAGGAGGUCUUGUCACUGGGACACUGCUAAGAAGACUUUCUUCUCUUCUCCUGGCCUGGUGAGAUAGGAUCUAUCCUGAUAGGCACAGACAGCAGAGAAAUCCGGUGAGCCAGCACCUGGACAACUCACCUGUCUGUGCAGUGCUCCUUGCUGGAAUCCAGGCUCUCCCCUGCUGCACUUUUACGUGUCUGGCUGCUUCUGGCUGAACAUAUUCGUCCCACUACCUUCUCAUUAUCAUUAAAUCCACCACCUCCCACUUCCUAUUGAGACCCCGGGACUAUUGUGGCCUCCAGCUCAAAGUAGCCCCUCAUGGAUCCCCUCCCGAAAUGGGAGUCGGCAUUAACUUCCGCGUCUUCUCAAGUGACCAUUGUGCAGCCCUCCCAGAAUGGCUCUGCACCUGCUCAUCUCAUAGCCUUAGAACAGCUGAGGAUAGGCCUCCGCAGCCUGACCCCCACCCCUGGCUCCAGCACCCCCACAUCCUUGGCAGAGGGGAUGCUCCAGCAGCAGUAUGUGGAGCCGAAGAGCUUACUGGAGCAUCGCUGGGGAAGGCUGGGAUUCCCUCAGAAGAAAGCCUUUCUGGGCAAGCUGAGGCGCAGGCACCGAGAUCAUAGGUCACCUUACCCAGUGGAUAGGGACACCAGAAUCUUCCGCUCAGGCAACAAAACUCAGAAUUGGUUCCGAUGUGAAUGCCUCUACUGCCAGGCCCGUGGGCAAAGUAUUUCCGGGGAAAGGGAUGGGAGCACCAAUGCUUCCUCCUGGGAUACUCUAGUGCAGGGACUUGGUGGCCUUACCCUCAACCUGGGAGCUGACAGGCCUGGCCUCCUGCCAGAGGGGGCGCAGCAGCAGCAGCAGCACCUUCAGAUGCAGCAGCAGCACCUUCAGAUGCAGCAGCAGCACCUCCAGAUGCAGCAGCAGCCCCCACUGCUGGCCCAUCAGGAGCCAGAGGGGAGGUGCCAGCAGGAAAGCAAGGGCAGGUUCCAGAGGCUGUUCAACGAGUGGUUUGAAGAAAACUGAGGUCUUCGGGGAUCCAGAGACCUGAAAGGAUUCACACAGAGCUUCACUGCCAGCUUUGCGCUUAGGCUCCUUUGUGGAACAGACAACUCAGCUGUCCUUUGCGGGAACUCCCAACACCUGCACGUUCUGACCAACAUCUUCCAGGCAUGAGAUCUGACCCAUUCCCAGGAAAGAGCUCAGCUUUCCGGCGUCUUAUCUGUGGAGUAUGUGCCGCGUCCUAGUGCAAAGGAGACUACAGACCCCUGGUCCUCACCUCCUCUCCUCUGCUCCCAUGAUGCAUGCUGACACUCCCUGCCUGGAUCUCUGCCUUUCCUCCCUACUUCCUUAUUAGUAGAGUGAGGGUGUCUAUGGCCUUGUGAAUGACCACGUGCUUCUGUGCCAUUCGAUCCAGGGGGAAGAAUCUGCAGCUGUAGAGUGUGAGGGGACUAUGGGAUCGGACCAUGGUGGCUCACCAUUUGACCUUCUGUAUAAAGAAGAUAUGACUGUGACAGUUAGCUGUACGUUCAUGUGGAGCUGUUUCUUAACAGUUGGGGACUAUUCUCCCACACUAGAAUUUCUGAUGGAGUACCUCAUUGUCAAUACCAAAUAAUAACCAUGCUUAUGAAAGGAGAGUGACUUAGAAGUCAGGUUGCUGGUAUUUUGUUUAUUGUCAGAGCUGGAAAAUCUCUGACUGGUAGGCAAGAUACAACAGGAGGAUCUCAGCACCAUGGAGAUUCGGAAAGCAGGGUGGAGUGGCCUUGCAUGGGACUGGAGCGGGACGGUGUAGUGGUUUAAAUGAGACUGACCCCCAUUGGCUCAUAUGCUCAUAUUCUGGGUUCCUGACUGGAAUAUUUGGGGAGGAUUAGGGGAUGUGACCCUGUUGGGGAGGCGUGUCACUGGGAGGGAGUUUUGAGGUUUCCAAAGCUCAGUCCAUUCGCAGUUAGCCCUCUCUCUGCCUCUUGUUUGUGCAUCUGAGGGAAGAUCUCACCACUGUCCCAGCACCAUGCCUACCUGCAUGCUGCCUUGCUCCCUGCCAUGAUGGUAAGGGAAUCAAACGCUGUGCAGAUGUGAGCCUAAAAUUA